GUUGUAGUGCCUGAACCUCCACACACACUCUCUCUUUCUCAUGCCAAAAAUGAGUCCUUUCAAAACACCCCAAGUACAUUGUGAUCAAGAAGGAAAUGCCCAACAAACUGCAACAAGAAGAUUCCCACCACCAAAGAAAUGUUUCUGCUGUGAGGAGCACCUAUAUAAACCUAUUGCCUGCCUACAACAAAAACCAGUGCAGUGCUUCUUCUUUGAGCUGCACUCAACAUUAAUCAUUCUCCCUCUUUAGAUUUCCUUUCUAAUUUAGGAUCAGAAUCCAUUUUAACAUACUAUAUCAAUUCUCUUUUCACUUUGCAUAAAUGGUAAUUAAGUGUGCUAAAAUGGAAUUCUCCAAUACAUCAUUUGAUGAUUCAAACAUAUCUGAAGAAAGGGAAGUAGGAGGGAGAAUAGACAAAAGGAAGAAAAUUGAGGGUGAAGAUGAAAAAUACAAAUCCAAGAACCUUAAAGCUGAGAGAAACAGGCGUCAAAAACUUAGUGAAAGGCUUCUUCAAUUGCGCUCAUUGGUCCCAAAUAUUACAAAUGCAAUGAAUCGAAACCCUUCAUUCUUUAUAUAAAUAAAUUUUCAAGUGACAGUUUUCUAAAGAAUGACUUUUUAACCAUUUUCUAAAAUCUUUAAAUUUUUUAUCCGAUUUCAGAUGACAAAAGAAACCAUAAUCACUGAUGCAAUCACUUACAUUAGGGAGCUACAAAUGAAUGUGGACAACUUAAGUGAGCAGCUUCUAAAAAUGGAGGCAACUCAUGGAGAGGAAUUGGAGACAAAAAAUGAAGAGAUUAUUGAUACUGCAGAGGAGAUGGGUAAAUGGGGCAUAGAGCCUGAAGUUCAAGUGGCUCACAUUGGUCCAACUAAGCUUUGGAUAAAGAUAGUCUGCCAGAAGAAAAGAGGUGGAUUUACUAAACUGAUGGAGGCAAUGAAUGUUCUUGGAUUUGAUCUUAAUGACACCAGUGUCACUGCCUCUAAAGGAGCUCUUCUUGUUACUUCAUCUGUUGAGGUGGUUCGUGGUGGAAUAACUGAUGCUCAUCAAAUCAGAGAUAUCUUGCUGGAGAUCAUCCGUGGAAUCUAUUAAAAACUAGCAUUGCAUGAGUCCCUAAUUAAUCAAAUAGAUUUUGAGAUCCCCUAAUAGUAUUAAUCUCAUUCUAGUGCUCUAUUACCAAUAUUAUAUCCUAACGGGAAAUUUUUUGGAGAAAUGUCAAGAGUGCCUGUAGUUUCUAGUUAUGGAUGUCAAAAGGAUUCGAUCUUGUUUUCCAUCACUGAAAGAUGAUAAUCCAUUGGAUCCUAAUUGUCUGAAAAGAGCUUGUGUGCACUCUUUUUUUUUUUUUUUUUUUUUUUUUUUAAUUUCAAAUAUUGCUGAAGCAACAUAUCAUAUGUUACUAAUUACUUUAAUUCUCCUAUCUUAAAUCUAUCGCUUUUCCGUUUUCAUGCAGUCAAGUUUGACUUAAUGUGCUUUUGAAUUGAAUCUUAAUGGUGGGAUCCAGACUCCAUAUCCUUUGGUUUCUAUAUAUGAAACAUUGAAUAGCAUUUUUGGUCACUUUCAGCUCAAGAAACAGUUAAAAUAAUAAACUCAGCAAAGUGUCAAUUGGGUUCGAAUAAGAUAUUGACAACAAACACCAAAAUUAGACGUGUGAAGAGUGACAUUUAUGGCAAACCUUCUACCUAUAAUAUAGGAAGACCGUUGUUCCACUGUGUUUCUUGUUUUCCUCUCUGUUCUUUGACCAUUGUCGUGCUAAAAGAAACUGCCAAAAAUAAACCUGCCUCAAGCAUCACCUGCCCCUGUUAAAACUAUCUCCAAGACUCCAACAGGUCCAAGAAUCCAAAAAAGACUACUUGGAAAUCCGAAUUACACGUUAAAUUUUCAAAAUUUAAGACCGUCAUGGGAAGCAUACCUACCCUUCUUAUAAUAUUAAGACGAACAACAAUCUCUCAAGGCUGUCUUCCUCUAUAUUAAUAGGAUUAAAUGCGUGCACAAUUGGAGCAAUAUUCAUAUUUCCCAUGGCUAGGCCAAGAUUUCUCCUCAUUUGCCUAGUUAAUGCUCAAUUAAUGUUGUUGAUGCAAAAUGCUAACGCUGUUAGAAGAUUAGACACAUUGACAUUAGUCCCAAGUCCAUCGCCGGUUGAAGGAAAAGAUGAUCAAACUCCAAUAGUCACACAUAUAAGGACUCAUCACUCUUUCAACAAGUCCAUGGCUGGAGGCGACUUCAUACUUGGAGGAUUUGCCACUGCCCUUAUUGCUUCCAUUUUUUGUUACAUUCGAGUCACACGAAGAGGAAACCAACAUAGUCAGGGUUGACGCACGGUAUUUUUAAUUCUGUACUCCUUUUGGUUUCCAAUUCCAAUAUAUAUACAUAUACAGAGUUAAAUUUAAGGUGCAUCUGAUCUACUCAAAUAUAUGACAAAGUGUUUGCUCAUUUUAGAUGGCUGGAUAAUGUAUUUUGUUCCUCACACCUGCUUUUCUGCACCGAUUCUUCUACCAAUGUAUACUUUUAUAUAAAAACUUAGUAUUAGUAUGUGCAUUGUUUCUCACUUUCACAAAGUUAUAGCGUCUUUGUUUCUUCACAUUUAUCAGUAAAAGACCUUAAUCUCUGCUUCAUCAAUCCAGAGAGAAAACCAGCAUAGUA